GAAGUGCUCCUGCACUGGGAAGAGGCUAAGCACAGAAGAAGGAAGGACAGCACAGCUGACAGUCGUGCUCAGGAAGCUUCUGGAUCCUAGGCUCAUCUCCACAGAGGAGAACACACAGGCAGCAGAAACCAUGGGGCCCCUCUCAGCCCCUCCCUGCACACAGCGCAUCACCUGGAAGGGGCUCCUGCUCACAGCAUCACUUUUAAACUUCUGGAACAUGCGCACCACUGCCCAAGUCAUGAUUGAAGCCCAGCCACCCAAAGUUUCCAAGGGGAAGGAUGUUCUUCUACUUGUCCACAAUUUGCCCCAGAAUCUUGCUGGCUACACCUGGUACAAAGGGCAAAUGAGGGACCUCGACCAUUACAUUACAUCAUAUGUAGCAGAUGGUCAAAUAAUUAUAUAUGGGCCUGCAUACAGUGGACGAGAAACAGUAUAUUCCAAUGCAUCCCUGCUGAUCCAGAAUGUCACCCGGGAGGACGCAGGAUCCUACACCUUACACAUCAUAAAGCGAGGUGAUGGGACUAGAGGAGUAACUGGAAAUUUCACCUUCACCGUAUAUGUGGAGACUCCCAAGCCCUCCAUCUCCAGCAGCAACUUAAACCCCAGGGAGGCCAUGGACACUGUGAUCUUAACCUGUGAUCCUGAGACUCCGGACGCAAGGUACCUGUGGUGGAUGAAUGGUCAGAACCUCCCUAUGACUCACAGGUUGCAGCUGUCCGAAACCAACAGGACCCUCUUUCUAUUUGGUGUCACAAAGUAUACUGCAGGACCCUAUGAAUGUGAAAUACGGAACUCAGUAAGUGCCAGCCGCAGUGACCCAGUCACCCUGAAUCUCCUCCAUGGUCCAGACCUCCCCAGAAUUUACCCUCCAUUCACCUAUUACCAUUCAGGAGAAAACCUCUACUUGUCCUGCUUCGCGGAAUCUAACCCACCGGCAGAGUAUUCUUGGACAAUUAAUGGGAAGUUUCAGCUAUCAGGACAAAGUCUCUUUAUCCCCCAAAUUACUACAAAGCAUAGCGGGCUCUAUGCUUGCUCUGUUCGUAACUCAGCCACUGGCAAGGAAAGCUCCACAUCCUUGACAGUCCAAGUCUCUGCUUCUCCAGCAAUAGGACUUCUUUCUUUCUUUAAUCCAAGACAGCAGCCGUGAUGUCAUUUCUGUAUUUCAGGAAGACUGGCAGAUGCUUUGAUUCUUCCUCAAGGUGUUUACAAUCAGCUACAGUCCAAAAUUGCUUUUUCUUCAAGGAGAUUUAUGGAAAAGACUAUGACAAGGACUCUUGAAUACAAGUUCCUGAUAAUUUCAAGAUCAUACCACUGGAUUCAGAACUUUCAAAAUUUUAAUGAACAGGCUGAUACCUUCAUGAAAUUCAAGACAAAGAAGGAAAAAACUCAAAGUUAUUGGACUAAAUAAUCAAAAGGAUAAUGUUUUUAUAAUUUUCAACUUGAAAAUGUGCUGAUUCUUUGAAUGUUUUAUUCUCCAGAUAUAUGAACUUUUUUUCUUGAGCAAUCGGUAAAGUAUACUUUUGUAAACAAAAAUUGAAACAUUUGCUUUUGCUCUCUAUCUGAGUGCCCCAGAAUUGGGAAACUAUUCAUGAGUAUUCAUAUGUUUAUGGUAAUAAAGUUAUUUGCACAAGUA